GCUUGUUUCAAACGUACGAAAAUGUUAUCUACGGCAAGACGUGACCUGAAUUGUAUUAAAGUGGGAUGCUUGGGAUAUACACCUGUUAGGAACAAACGAGUACGAAACGUUCUCAAGGAUUUCUGUUUUGAAGGGAAUAUUAGCGACGUGGAUGAGGUGACUAAGGUUCUUUUAUUGGGUUGUGGUGAUCUAAGAAAUACCUUUCAAGCAACAACUUCCAAGAAUCCUCCAAAUCUAGAGAUUCAUCUCAAUGAUUUCAGUCCUUCUGUCUUGGCUCGAAAUAUCAUAAUAUUGAAAAUUGUAUCAGCAAGUGAUUUCAAUCCCGAUAAUGAUGAAGAUUUUGGAUUUCUUUGGGAUGUGUGGUACAAUGUUGAUUGGCCAGAAGAAACCAGGAAGAGGUUUCUUUCUAUUGUUAAGGAGUUGACAAAUGAGAAAUUACCAGAUAAUGUCACAAUUUCAAGCAAUAGUCACCUUGAAAAAUUUAAGAGUUUGUGGAGUAACUGGCAUUCUGUUUCCUCAAAAAACAAAACCGAUUCUGAAUCACUCUUGAGAAAAGUCUGGGGACAAAGGAAUCAGUGCUUGUUGGACCUGUGGGCUAUUGUGUACUCUCCAGGACAUUUACAAAAGAAAGCAGAACUAAGCAAUGCUGAUCUCUUCACGGCCUCAUUAAAUGAACUGGCUGAGCAGUUUAUAAAUUAUGAAGAGUUCAUAGGAUUGGCACCUUGUGUUCGUAAAAAGAUUUACGAUGAAAUUCUGGAAUGUUACAGAAAUGGCAGCAGUCGCCGUCAAAAUGACGAAAAACCAGUGUGCGUCAACCCAACUUUGCUGAACCCCAAGACCCAUGAUUGGAAAAUCGCAUGCUCAACUCCGUUUCAAGGUUAUCUGCCGAUUGCAAAAGGAGAGCUGAUUACUUCAGUUGAACAAAUCAUGACCCACUCCUGCUCCGAAAUACUCAAGAGAUUUGUGUCUUCCUAUCGCAACCGGAUUCCAACAGUCAAAAUCGUUUUUCACCUAGAAGAAGCCAUAAAACAUUGCUACUCAGACGCAAACAAGUUUGACGUCAUCGACUGCUCUGAUUACGUGGGUCAUGUUGGGUUAGCCAAUUUAGUUGUUGCAUGCUGCCAAAAGUUGUCGGAUAACCCGAAUGCAGUUUUGUAUAUCGAAAUAAGAACUGACCGUCGUCAUUCGGCCAACACAAUCGUCGAGAAAUCCCUUUGUGCUUCAUUGAGUAUGAUUCCAACCAUUUACGGGUUAAGAUUGGCUGACCAUGUUGAAUUAAGAGAUUCUGCCGUAGAUUACUUGCGUUGCAAUACCCUUCAAAGAGGUCGCCCAGUGAUUCUCUGCUGGCAGAAAGUACCAAACUUUCAGAACAUCAAAUUGGUCCCUUCUCCUGAUUUAAAUCGAUGCCUAACAAAGCUGGCCAAUUUCUGCCAUCCAACAACAUUCCCUAAACCUGCCUCUCAAACAAGCAGCGCUGGAAGUGAAAUCUACUGUACUCCCCUAACAUUCAACUAUAUUUUGGACUCGAUGAAUCGGCGACUGGGACAAGAUUGUUGGUUACCAGACCUACUUGACAUCGCUCCACAAUUCAUUCUGGCAAGAAAAAUAUUAGAGGAUUGGAAGAAUGGGAAGAAAAUGAUGAAAUUUUCAGCUGUUAUUAAGUCCAGCAUGGUGAGGUCUGAAGAAGAACCUAUUCGGAAGAAGAACCUUCCUCUAUUUCGGCUAGCUUUUGUCCGAAAAGAUUCUUAUAUGUUGGAAGGUGACUUAUCCGGACCUGAUGUUCACUUCAUCGACAAUAUUGAACUUGAAUUCAAGCGUACUUCAAAAGGAGUAGCAGUGGAGACGGUGUCGUUUUUACUGCCUAGCGAUCAUGGUUUCGAUGAAACGUACGAUGCGAUUGUAAUCGAUGCUUUCGACGGAAUGCCACUACUACUCUUAGAGUCUUUUAAAUCAAUGCGGGUAGAGAAAUAUGAUGUACCUUACCCGAUUGUGCAAAACAAACCUCAACUUCCACUGGAUCCUAAAAAUAAAAUGUACAUGAAGGUCGAAAGUUGUAUCGAGUCAGAAGAACAGUACACCCUUAGGAUUGCCAUUGAAUGUAGGGGAAAUGUUUCAGGAUUGAAGAUAUCUACUAACGAACAGGCACCCUGCGAAUCCUGCCAUGAAAUCACAGUUUCAUUGACUCAACCCAGUGAAAUCCAACCAUUGUCAUUAACAUUUCCAUUUCCGAUCCUUGCGAAAAAUGUUCAAGCGACGCUCCAUCGAAAAAGUCGACAUGUCGAUUUGUUGAUGAAGAAAUCCCUGCUGGAGCCCUGGCCAUGCGAGUUUCACAAUAAAAAGUCUAAAUGGAUAAUAGACGAUUUAGUGCCCUGGGAAAACGUACCACUCACCCCUGAAAAUGGAUUCAACAGUUUAGAACACCAUCUGAGCAGCCAAUUUUUAUCAAAGGAAAUUAGUGUUGCCCAUUUUCUUGAUUCAAAGAGUUCUGCUUUGGAUAAAUUGCGUCUCAAGCUUGUAGCAUUGAUGUCCGGUGAUGCUGAAUUUGUCAGUUACGGUCGAAAUGACGAUCGGUACCUACUGAAACUCCAUCGGCCCCUUCUUACUUCCCCAACGGGAACUCCAAUUUUGCUGAUUACUGCUCUCAAUGGUAUCCUUUCGCGAAAACUUGGACAGAAUGUUUUUACGAUAAACCCAACUGUGCCCAACGAAGUAAUGGAUCACUUAAAGAUUUGCCAGAAAUUUUUUUCACCCAUGGACAGGUUGGUUGGGGACGCCGAGACCGAAGAAGAAUUUCAAUUGUUUCGUUUUCUCCUGCGUUUGAACUCAACUAGAAUUGAGCCCAGCAAAUGGCAGAAGGAGAAUAUUCCUCUAGGAGGUCGCAGUCCUUGGCUUGCUACUUUCCUUUCGCCACUCUACCAGGAUUCCGUAUCGAAGGAAAGCAUCGAGGAUGAACCAGCUGACGAGAAGUGCUGUGCUGCUUGUAAGAAAAUCCCUGAGAAGUUGAAGCGUUGUAGUCGUUGCCGUUCCGCUGAAUACUGCAGCGUUGAGUGUCAACAGUCACAUUGGCCAACUCACAAGCACAUCUGCAAGAAAUUGUAAUUUGGUCGAAACUUAAUGCAGCUUAAUCCGUGAGUUAUUGAUUAGCCUAAAAUUUAAAAUCAAAUUCAAACAAGUUCAUUGAGUUUUUUUUUUUUUUUUUUUUUUUUGUAAUUCGGUUGA